UCUUUAUGUGUAAAUACAUCUCCGAGCAAGAUUAGAUACUUAAGAUGGUAGGAACCUCGAUAUUUCGGGGUGGCGAAAGGUGACACAUUCGAUAUAUGUUUCAUCUUUAUAUCAUCCUGGCAGAGGGAAAAUGAAGGAACAGAAAAGCAAAGACUCUGAGGGUGAGGACGAUGUGCCAUGCUGUCUCUCUCAGCGCUGGAAAACGGCAUACGUCGGUUUCUUUGGCUUUAUUCUCGUUUACGCUGUCCGUGUGAAUCUCAGCGUCGCAAUUGUCUGUAUGGUAAAAUCCCAGAAUUCCAUAGCCAACAGUACCACUCUUAACAACAGCAAUAUCAGUGCCGUGGGUCUCUGUACCUUAGACGAGGAGAGCAGUGUGAACGAGCAUGCAGAAUUUGAUUGGUCCAAAACCACGCAAUCCACCAUUCUAGCAUCAUUCUUCUACGGUUACAUUGUCACUCAGAUUCCUGCAGGAUGGCUGUCCGACAGGUUUGGAGGAAGACGUGUAUUUGGUAUUGGAAUGUUCAUAGCCUCUAUUUGCACACUUCUCUUUCCGGUAUGCGCACGCACGUCGAUUGUCUUAGUGUACGUACUACGGAUUCUUCUAGGAGUUUCAACGGCAGUGUCUUUUCCCUCAGUCCAGUCAUUAUGGGGUCGAUGGGCACCACCAUUAGAGAGAAGUAAACUGAUCUCCUUCACGUAUUUAGGAACAAUGUUUGGAAUGGUAUUGACUUUGUCUUCUUCAGGAUUUUUGUGUCAAUACGGAUUUGACAAUGGAUGGGGUUCAAUCUUCUACAUUUCAGGUGGUCUCACGAUGUUGUGGGUGUUUGUGUGGUUCUAUGUUACGGCUGACACUCCAGAUCUACAUCCCCGAAUUUCCGAGGCCGAGAGAAAGUAUAUAAACUCCUCCAUUGAGUAUAACACAAACGUUCGGACGUUGAAAACGCCUUGGAAGUCUAUAGCUAUGUCUUCUGCGGUAUGGGCAUGUCUGACUGCGCAUGCUUGCAAUAACUGGACAAAUUACACACUGUUGACUAGUCUUCCUACCUUUAUGAAAGAAGUUCUGAAGUUCAAUAUCAAAAAAAACGGAACGCUGUCGGCAGUACCAUACAUAUGUCAGGCUGUGUCAGGCUUCAUCGCUGGUCAAACAGCAGAUAUUCUCCGAUCCAAAGGCGUCCUUAACACUACUCACACCAGGAAACUCUACCAAAAUUUGGCAUUUAUUGGUGCCGGAGUAAUGUCGGUGGCUGUCGGCUACAUCACUUGUGAGCAGCGAGAUGUUGCUGUGGCGCUGCUCUCUGUUGCAGUUAUGUUCACUGGUCUGUGUAGAGCUGGAUACACUGUCAACCAUGUCGACUUUGCUCCAAAGUAUGCUGGUGUGCUUUACGGUAUCACUAAUACUGUAGCCACGGUACCAGGGAUGGUAGCACCUAUUGUUGCCGGAGCACUCACGCCAAAUAAAUCACAAUCAGAAUGGCGAUACGUCUUCUUUGUUUGCGCCGGAUUUGACCUAUUUGGCGCCAUCGUUUUCGGUUUGUUUGCCAGUGGAACGAUACAGGAUUGGGCCCGUGAUGAAGUAGAGAUAGAAGUCAAAAUAAGUAAGACAGAGGAAAAUCAACUCGAUAAAAACUUUACAUUGUUACCCACAAACAAAGAUAAAGAAGACACUAGUUCACAGAAUGAAGGAAAGGCAACCGAUCGUGAAGAAUCCACAGAGAUCACCUCAGCUGAAAACGAGGCUUCAGCGUACAGUUCUGUUAUAAAGCGCCGUGACGACUCAGAUCAGCAUUCAGGUGACCAUAAAGAAGUCACAAUUGUACAAUAUUGAUUUUAUAUUUAAUUGUACACAUAAUUAGAAUAUAACUGCAUGUUUAUUUAACAUACUUAAUUACUACCACCGUGAUAACUUAUAUAACCUACCGGGGUAUCAUGUUAGCCUGUCAUUUCAAUGAUGAUUAACAACUAACGAUAUAUGAUACAUUCCUUGUGCUAAAUUCAUUUACCUCACCCCAUCCAAUGUAGUUAUAUUCUAAUUCUGUGUACAAGUAGAUGUAAAAUCCCAUUAAUAAAAAUGUUUGGCCGGAAAAAGGUAUCAUCUUGAGUAGCUACAUUCAACCAUUUGAAACUGUUCUGGAUCCACCCUUAACAGGGUACAUAUCAAUAUUUGACAUUCAAAAUAUAUCUGUGUGGUAAUGUUAGACAUGUGGUCUUCCUACUAGCUCUGGCUAGUGGACUGACCUCGAUCGGUAGAGCUCUGGACUCUUAUCACUGGUCCUCAACUUAUCCUUUGUCUCUGUUACAUUUGGUGUCCACGUUUGGAUACGGAUAUAAUCUCCGGCGGGAGAGAGUGACUGCCUCCAGAACGUCGCCCCACAGGUGCUGGUAGUCGGGACACCUCUUUCUCUGGAGGGAAACAAUACAGUAGUGUUAGAUAUAGGGCCUGCAUACUAGGUCUGGCUAGUCAGUUAUUCUGAGCUUUUAAACCAGAGGGGAUCCUCACCAGAGACAUAUUUGUCUAUACUACAUCUGUAUUAUCAACAUUGCUCAAUUAUCUAUGUGUAAAGCACUUAUGACUUAGGAAAUAAGUGAUUAAUAUACCAUAUGAUUGCAAUUUAGUAGUCGGAAGUGGGAGGAAGUUUAUCUGUAUGUAUGAACGCCAAGUCUUUCCAAAAAUUAGAUAAUGCAGAUAUU